AUGGCAUGUGAGGUAGGACCUGGUCUUUUUGAUGCAUUUGCAAAUAUGGCAGGUGAGCUUGUAGGUGGUGUGGUGGAGGUGGUAGUAGCCUUGUGUGACCGAAACAAACCUCGAAGAAAAAGAUUCACCCAAGAAAUGAAAAAUAGUGAAAAUUCAGAAAUAGAACCCUGUAGAUUGGAAACCGCAGAAGAAUUGCGUAGGAAGAAGCAGUUGACAGUUGCGUUGGCUAACGGGCGUGUCGAUCGUGGUGUGGACCACAUGACUUUGUUUUUCUGA